AUGUACAAAGCUCUUACUAUCCUUAUUCUUGUUAUGGUUGGGGUUGCAUGUGCCUCACAUUCAUAUAAUACUCGUCCAAAAAAAUUUCAACGUCUUAGUUCAAGUUUAAAUCAUAAAAAAGUCGGCAUUGAUCUUUGUCCGACGUGUAUCAAUGAAGUCGUCGAAUUAAUUAAUAUCGUCCUCAAUAUAAUACUCGAUGAAGGAAUAGUAGCAUCUUGUGGUGACUUGUGUGGAUUCGUUGCCAAUAGAACUGGCUCAAAAAUUCUUGGUGAUAUUUGUGAUUUAGCAUGUGAUGCUUUUGGUAUUGAUGAAUUUGUCAAAUUAAUUAUCAAAGCUGAUAUUGAUCCUGUUUAUUAUUGUCAACUUGUUGAUAUGUGUCCAAUUAAUGAUCAUGGUGAUGCUAAAUUUACAAAUUUUGGUGUUCUACCACAGACUGCUCCUCAAGGAACCACAUUUGUACUUGAUCUUUCUUUUAUGACCGUAAACGGAACCGGCACUGGAACAUUUACCUUCAAUAUUAUUAAUCCUAAAAAUGAAUCAUCCGGAAAUUUAUAUUGGUUUGAAGCGAAAAAACCUGGCACAUAUAUUGAAAAACUUGGUAUUAAAACUUAUGCUCUUUCGGAUUGUGAUCCUUCGAAAGGACUUUGUGACGCUUGGCCAGUAGGCACUUACAGAGUUACUGCGCAAAUUUGUAAUGGAGACUGUGGUUCACUUCAUCCUCAUACAUCUAUUUACGAUUCAAAAGCGACAUCUUUUGUUAUUACAAAAAAACAAUGA